UUCUCCUCUUCGGUAAGUUUGUCGGCGUCUCUCUCUCUCUCUCUUUCAUGGAGGAAGCCCCCGCCGAAAUUCAAUCCUUCCAAACCCUAAUACCGCCGCCCCCAUCUCCUCCUCCUCCUCCCCCGCCUCCGCCGGCCAACGAAACCCUAUAUCAUGGCUUCCCACCGUCUCCGCCCGCCGAUCCCUACCAGGCCCCUUCCGUCGCCCUAGGCAAGGCGGACGUCCUCCUGUUGAAGCUCGAUGAUCGGCAGGUGCUCUCCGGAAACGCAAUCACUCACAGUGGCACCGACAAGGACGCCUCAGGCGGCGAGGAGGAGGCCAGCAGCCGCCGGCGCCGCCGCCGGCGCAGCCGGUGGGAUCCGAUUCCAUCAGAGGCCGAUCAGAACGGUGGCGGCGGCGAUGCGGAUGGCGACGGUAGGGGUAGGAAGAGGAAGUCCCGUUGGGCGGAGGAAGAGCCGAAGCCCGUCGUUCAGCUCCCCGACUUCAUGAAGGAGUUCACGGCGGAUCUUGAUCCAGAGGUACAGGCUCUAAAUUUCAGGCUUCUUGAGAUCAGCCGUCGUUUGCAGUCUACCUUGCCGCUGGAUGACCUUCCUGAAGGUGCCCGGUCGCCAUCGCCUGAGCCGAUCUAUGAUAACAUGGGCAUCCGGAUCAAUACCCGCGAGUAUCGUGCUCGGGAGAGGUUGAAUAGAGAACGGCAGGAGAUUAUCUCCCAACUGAUUCAGCGGAACCCAGCGUUCCGCCCUCCAGCUGAUUACCGUCCGCCAAAGCUCCAGAAGAAGCUCUAUAUUCCUAUGAAGGAGUAUCCAGGCUACAACUUCAUCGGUCUCAUCAUUGGUCCGCGAGGGAAUACCCAAAAAAGGAUGGAGAAGGAGACAGGAGCCAAGAUCGUCAUCCGGGGAAAAGGGUCUAUAAAAGAAGGUAAGCUGCUUCAGAAGAGAGAUUACAAGCCGGAUCCAGCUGAGAAUGAAGAUUUACAUGUCCUGGUGGAAGCCGAGACACAGGAGUCACUAGAUACUGCUUCCGCCAUGAUCGAGAAACUUCUGCACCCCGUUGAUGAAGUGCUGAACGAACACAAAAGACAGCAACUGAAAGAACUUGCAGCCUUGAAUGGAACUAUCAGGGAUGAGGAAUUCUGUAGGUUGUGUGGUGAACCAGGACACAGGCAGUAUGCUUGUCCUGCACGCACCUCAACAUUUAAGAGUGACGUUCUUUGUAAAAUUUGUGGAGAUGGUGGGCAUCCCACAAUUGACUGCCCCAUGAAAGGAACAGUCAAGAAGAUGGACGACGAGUACCAAAACUUUUUAGCUGAGCUUGGCGGUGCUGCUCCAGAGUCUACCAUGAAGCAGAGCUCUACGUUGCCACUGCUUGGUUCAAAUGCACCAGGAACCAAUCCUAACGGUGCACAAAGCCUGAUCAAGAAAGAAUACGAUGAAACAAAUCUUUAUAUUGGGUAUCUGCCUCCCGCUUUUGAUGAUGAUAGCUUGAUUAGGCUGUUCUCCCCCUUUGGUGAUAUUGUGAUGGCAAAGGUUAUCAAGGAUCGAAUCACUGGUCUCAGUAAAGGUUAUGGUUUCGUCAAGUACUCAGAUGCAUCCAUGGCUAAUCAGGCAAUAGCUAGUAUGAAUGGUUAUCAUCUGGAAGGAAGAACUAUAGCUGUUCGUGUAGCUGGUAAACCGCCACAGCCGACAGUGCCUCCGGGUCCUCCAGCUCCUCCGGCACCAAUUGGUGCAUACCCUUCUCAGCAGUACUUGCCAGGUGCACCUCUUGCAAACCCACCACCUCCACCUGGUAGUUAUGCUCCAGUCCCUUGGGGACCACUUGUUCCUCCAUAUGCUCCCUAUCUUCCACCUCCCCCUGGUUCAAGCAUGUACACUCCGGUACAAGGUCAGUCAGUGCCUCCCUACACAGUGCAGUACCCCCCUCAGCAACAAAUAGCCCCUCCUGGUGUCCCAGAGCAAAAUGCGCCUACUAGUGAAGCGAUGCAGAACCUUCCUCCUGGAGUUCAACCUCAGAGUGCUACUACGACUGUUGUUCCACCUGUACCAACUGAUAUGUUCGGUAGUGGUUCUGUACCAGGAGUAGUUCCACUUGUUCCUCCACCUUCAUUUGCUCCGGCAACUUAUGGCUAUGCACCUUAUUAUGCUCCUGUUCCACCACCCGUGCCACCUCACAGUUUUGAUCCCGCACAAAGCCUUGGAAAUGUACCAUGGGCCACUAGCACAGUGCCACCUGAGUCCGUCUCCUCUGCAGAACAAAUGACAACGCAUGGCUCAGAUGCGGAAUAUGAGAAGUUAAUGUCAGAGUUGAAGUGAUGCUGAAAUUUAUAAAGGUGUCAUAUUAUCAUUACUCCACAUCUGAGGAAUAGAUUGGAUCAGGCUCACCCUUGCUUCUGCCCAACAUCUAGACUGAUUUAACUGGUUACCUGGGUAUAGAUGUUAGUUUUUUUAUUAUAGCAGGAGUUGAACACAGUUUUUCUGUCGCGACUUCAUGUUAAGGUUAGCAGCUACAUAUGGAAUACAUACUUCAGAGAUAUAUAGUGCCCAUGGUAGUUAAACGAAUCCAGAAAAUGCCUUUACAGUUGACAUUGGUUUGGACAAUGACCUUUAAUGUAAUGCUUCAAGCCAAAAUAAAAUAUUCUAAUAUGUUGUGAGAGCAGUCAUCUAACCAGUCAUGUGCUCAAAAUAUGAUAAAAUAUGGUGGCAGCUCAUAGCCAAGUAGAAUAUGCAUUCUAAGCCAGUCCAAAUGGGUUAUCACUUCCUACAAAGCCUGACUUCUAUGAAAACUUAACCUCUUAGGGUGAACAUGGCCUUCAUCCAUGAACUGACAUUUGAAUAAUCUAUGGCAAUAGUAUGAAAGCAUUAGUUAUCAUAUUACACACUUGUUAAUAAAAUUUUAUCUUAUGUAUUACUACAUAAAGCAGCUAAAAAGGAAGUGGACCUAAGGAUGGUUUUGUAUUUUGUAACCAUUUGAUAGCUGAGAUUGGACAUUAUUUGGUAGAAAACUAUAAAUCUUAUCAUGUAUCACAGGGCAAAAUUUUAAUUUGUUAUGUUAUAUUAAAGUUUCAAAAAGUGUAUUCUGUCAAUAUGCAAUUGACCCUUUAUAUAUAUAUAUAUAUAUAUAUAUAUAUAUAUAAAGAUAGUUAGCAUAUAUACAAUAAAAGAUGUUAAUGAAUAAAUCCAGUUCAUACUUCAACAUAGAAAAUUAUGUGUCAAUCAUACAUUGAAAUGGAAAUCAAACAAUCAAUACCAACCAAGGUUUAAAAUUUCGACCCGUGCCGAGGUUUCGGUCCUAGACCGAAACGAUACGAUUCCGGUACCGUAUCGUACUGUGCCGAUAUAAUUUCGGUAUUUUUUAAAUAUAAAAUAUAUUAAUUAAAAACUAAAAUAUUUAAUAUAAAUAUUUAAAAAAUAAA